AUGGACGAGGAUGGUGGCGAGCCAAAGACUUAUGUGUCCACAGUGCGCCUGCAGCUCCAGGGGCGCACACGCAACCGAAGAGACCCUCUUGCUGACCGGACGGGGAUGAGAAACACUGCGGGACUCUCAUGUCCAACAGACACAAUGGAGCUCCAAACAGAAAACCCGGACACAUCCGGAAGGGACAGUGGAUGCAGGACAGAACCUGAAACUGGUUCUCCUGUGGACUUUCUGGACCCACCAGAGCACGUGGCGGUUCGAGUUGGCGAGGAGGCCCGUUUGCACUGCAACUUCCAUGCUGUUUCUGUCCCUGUAGCUUGCUGCUGGAUUUUCAACAGAGGAAAGGCAGUUCUGCCGGACCCCAGGAUGUCCGUUAGUAGCGACAACGAACACAGCAGCCUGGUAAUCUCUGAGGCCCACCCAGAUGACACUGGUUCUUACACACUCAUCGCCCGGAGUCGAAACGGUUCCGCCGAACACACGGUCUCCCUCAGCGUCAUACAUCGCCCCGACCCGCCCGCGUCCCAUCCGGUGGUCUCCCAGCUGUCGGCUGAGUCCCUUGUCCUCUCCUGGACGGGUCCCAGCUUCGACGGCGGCACAGCCGUGUUGGGUUACAUCGUGGAGGUCCGAAGGCAGGGUGCCGACGCAUCUGGGGAUUGGACUGAAAUAGCCGAGCGGUGUAAGAACACCUCUACCCAGGUCAGCUCAGGCCUGGAGCCUUACGCAAAGUACCGCUUCCGGGUACGAGCCUACAACGCCGAGGGGGUCAGCGAGCCCAGUCAGGAGUCGGACUGCAUCACAAUGGCAACUACCAAAGAAAAGAAGGAUUCCAUGGGACCUUGUGUCAAAGUGGUGAUUGACACCAAACGGGAAGUGAAAGACCACUACAAUAUCCACGAGAAACUGGGAGUUGGGAAGUUUGGUGAGGUAUUCCGUCUGUCCCACAAAGAUUCGGGUGAAGUCUACGCAGGGAAGUUCUACAGGGCCAGAAGCUCCAAGGAACGUUCAGCCGCCCGGAAGGAGAUCGAGCUGAUGAACUGCCUCCACCACCCCAAACUGGUCCAGUGUUUGGCAGCCUACGAGGCCCCCGAGGAGACUGUCAUGGUCAUGGAAUAUAUUGCGGGCGGGGAACUAUUCGAGCGCAUCGUGGAUGACAACUUCGAGCACACGGAGCCUACCAGCGCCGGCUACAUGCGGCAGAUCCUGGAGGGCAUGCUGUACGUCCACAAGCAGAACAUCGUCCACUUGGACCUAAAACCUGAGAACAUUGUUUGCACUGACCAUACUGGAACAAGCAUCAAAAUCAUUGACUUUGGCUUGGCCAGUAAACUGGAAGAAGGUAAGCCUCUAAUGGUGAUGCACGGAACACCAGAGUUCGUAGCCCCCGAGGUGAUCAGCUACGAGUCCGUGGGAGUGGAGACGGACAUGUGGAGCAUCGGAGUCAUCUGUUACAUCUUGCUGAGCGGAGAGUCGCCCUUCCAGGGAAACUGCGAUGCAGAGACCUUCGGGCUCGUCACGGCAGCUCGCUACGACUUUGACUCCGAGAACUUCGAGGACAUUUCCGACCAAGCCAAAGACUUUAUCAGUGGCCUUCUGAAGAAAGACCGCAGGAGUAGGUUAUCAUGCAUCGAGGCCCUAGUCCACCCUUGGAUGACCUCCUUCACGGCGCUCAACCGCAGACCAACCAAGACACUCAGGAAGGAGAAGAUGAGACGUUUCCUGGCAAGGUGCAAAUGGAAAAAAACCGGCAAGGCUGUUCUGGCCCUGCAGCGCAUGUCCAACCUUUCCAACAGGCCAGACUCUCCUGGCAGCUCUUCAGACGAGCCGAGCUGGAGCCAAGAGGCAGAGGAGGCCAUCCGCUCGCUGGAUAAGCAGCUGCACGGCGAGCCCCGCUUCCGGGAGCCCCUGAGGGACGCCAGCUUCUCCGCGGGAGCUACCGCUCGUCUGGCGUGCCGAGUAGACGGUUACCCUCAUCCGGAGGUGACGUGGCUGCACAACGACAAGCCUCUGUCCGAGUCGACCCGAGUGCAGAUGGAUUACGGCGAAAACGGUCUCUGCUUGCUGAUCGUGCCCGGCGUGGAAGCGUCGGACGCUGGUGUGUACGAGUGCCGAGCCAGCAACCAGCUCGGAGCGGCCUCGUGUUCUGCCAGACUCAAACUGGACAUGUGA